AAUAGUUUCUGUCUUUUGAGACAAGUGUAUUUCACUUAGCCGCUACACGGGCGCCUCCUUACUUGCUCCUCGACGUCCUCCGAGUCGACCUACGCGACAGAUGGUCUAGCGCCCCUUCACUCGUCUCAGCCGGAAUGAUAUCGAAUUGACAAUCUCCUGGACAUGAGGCAGCGUACUUAUAACCUGCCUCGAACGUUCACGACCCGCCAUCGCAUCAACAACUUCUCGGAACGCCAGACAUGUUGCCAUGCCUCAAAUCCGCUCGCUCGAACUUCGCCUACGUCGCCAGCCAGUAUCUCGAGCGACGCCCCCUUGCUCGUCUUCUUUCGACGUUCCUUUGCUGCCUGACGAUCGUCAUACGACCUGUCUCCCGACUCGGUGGUAGCUAUGCCUUUCUCGUGCUCCCCUUCCAAGCACUCGUCUUCGGCGUGCAGGAGAGUUUGGCGCAGCAGCUCGAACUUACCGCGUUGAACAUCGCCGGAGCACUCUGCGGGAUCGGGUUCUCGACACUCGGAAAGUAUGUCGCGUCCCUCGCCGGAGAGGGUUCCGCUCGCGCAAGGGUCAUUUGCUCCGUCUUUCUCGUGACGAUCAGCUUCUGUGCGGGGCUCGUCAAGAGCCGGUUGGUUCGUCUGACGCUUUCCAUGCGGAUCUCUCUCUUCGCUUCAGUCUGGCUACUCACUCUCGACAUUGGAGAUAGAUCGAAGGUCCUUGAGGACUCUGGUCAUUUCCUCUACGCGGCCAUCACUCCUGCGUGUCUGAGCCUUGUUUCACUGCUCGUUGUUAUGACAUUACUGCGCUGGUCGUCCUCUAGCUUCGAGAAGGAAAUGGUGGCGACUUUCGUUCUGUUGCAGAAGUACAUGGCGGCCAGCCUCGAGCAGAUCGGGAAAGACUUGACUGAUGAACCUGAAGAAUACGUCAAGCUGCGGAACCAGUUAUUUCAGCGCUCGGUACAUCUCAACGAGACGUAUUCGCAAGCCGCGUUCGAGAUGCGGGUUGGACGGCUCAGCUUGAAAUCCAUCCGCCCGUUGAUUGGGAUCGUAGAACACCUUCGGCGCGAACUCGCGUGGGGCAUGUCCACGGGCCAGAAACCGAAGGCGACCCCGAAGUCGACUCCCACCAUGACAAUGACACGCGCGUCUUCUCGUCUUCCCUCGCCCAUGGCGUCGCGGCGCAAUUCCUUCCGGCACAGUCCCAAGCUGGCCUUCCAGUCGCUCGCGUCGCACGAGCGGAUCACGGCCGCGAUCGAGACGCCCGCAUUUGAGCUCGGACACGCGAUCGUCGGCGCGAUGCGCGCGGUCGAGUUCGUGAUCAUCGUCGCGUUCGAUCUGGAUACGAGCACGUACAGUGCACCCGCGGGCCGACCAACUUCAACCUCGGUGAAGUACUCGUUGCGAACGGCUGACAAGGAGCUCGUCAGGGCGCGCGAUGAGGCGCGCGAGAAGCUCGGACAUGUCUUCGACGAAAUGGACUUGGAGGCGCGAGAAAUGGGCAAGGACGUGCGGUACCCGAAGCGGGUCCUCGACGGGAGUCUCAUUAUGAUCGCCCUGCUGCAGAUGGCACAGGAGAUGCGUACAGCGCUGCAAAUUGCUGACCGCAUGUACACGCAGUACGAAGAGUCCCAUGUGCGCCUCUGGUACCCGCGUAUCUCCCUGGCCUGGCUCGGGGUAGCGCAAGGUCACCUGAUAUCCGACUCUGGCGACGCCACCGUGCAGAUUCAAGCCUCGGCCCCCAAGGGAACAGGCUGGGAGACACCGAAUGACGCAGAAGCGAGCAUGACGCUGGCGGAGACUGCGGAGGGCCUGCUCGAAAAGGGAUACAGCCUGAACACUCCCCUCAUGGGCAACAGUCGCUUGCCCGGAGGGUUGUCGUUCUCAAUCUUGGGUACGAAGGAGCGGGCAGCACGGUCGAGGAAGAGGAUGUUUUUCGGCUCGAUUCCGGACCUCGUGACGUGGCUCUGGUCCCAGUCGUGGAUGAUCCGGCUGAGAUUGCGGAUGGCAAGAAGCUACAGGAGCGUGACGCAUUCGCCCCAUCUUCGGCAUGCGAUUAAGAACGCGAUCGGGGUGGCCGUUCUCAGUUUGCCUGCCUUCCUCCCUGUCAACAACUCAGCUCGUGUUUGGUUCUCCUCGUGGCAUGGCGAGUGGAUGGUCAUCAGCUACGUGUGGGUAUUGGAGACGAGCACCGGAGCAACAUGGCGAGUGGGCUACCUGCGGUCGGUCGGCACAGCAACAGCAGCUCUCUAUGGGUACAUAGUAUGGCGCAUCUGCCGCACCAACCCGUAUGGAUUGACCAUCAUGGUUACUGCUGCGGAAAUCCCAUUCACGUGGCUUAGCAUGAAAGCUAACCUUGGACCAUUGGCGGUUCCUGCAGCUGUUACCUUACCCAUCAUUGCAUUCGCAGAAUACGUGAAUCCGACAACACAGUCGAUCAUCGCGCUUGCCGGAAUACGUGCACUCAUGAUUGCCAUUGGUAUCGUUGCAGCGCUCCUUAUGAAUGGCCUCGUCUUCCCCAGACAUUGCAGAGUCCUCUUCCUUUCAGACACAGCUCGGACACUUGGACUGUUGAGCCAGCUCUACAUGACGCUGAGCCACCACAUGUUCCGCGCGCAGCCUGCCCUCGCUUAUGACGACAAACGCAAAACACUGAAGAUGGAGCUGCAGAUUCGGUACAAUCUGUACCUUCUUAACGCCUUGAUUACGACUAUGCAUGAUGAGAUUAGUCUCGUACCAAAACCACUGGCUCACUAUCGUAGGACAGUCACGAUCGUGCAGAAGUUGCUCGAUGCGAUGACCGGACUGCGCAAAAUCAGAGAGAACAUCCCUCGUAAAGAGGCGGUGUCUAAUGUAUUCAAUGAGCGACGCGAAUUCAUGUCCUGCGUGUGCAUCACGUUGUACGCGUGUCAGCAUGCAUUCCGCGCUCGAGAACCAUUACCUCAAUUCCUGCCGUCACCAAAACAUGCCCUUGAGACCCUGGAAUCGCACGUCCAAGACAGCAUCAGGCAUGCACGAGAGGAAGACCCUCACGCGAUGGGCCUGUCCCUUAUUUAUGCAUUCGCUGAGCUAGAGGUGCUGAAGCACAUGGUUUGCACGCUAGAAGAGCUGCUCGAACUCACGGGCCGACUCUUUGGGACGACAGCGUGGCUGACGCAUCCCCAACAUAUGUCAAUGGCGAGCUUGCACGAAGAAGUAGGAGAUCACGGAUGGUACAGUCCGUUCAAGUGGGAGGAGACGUGACGACAUUGUGGGUAUUUAUCAGGCCUGAAUGGUCAGUAUGGAGUGUUCAUAUUCUUAACUUAUCGUAUGCAAUGUAGCUACUAAAAGAUUCUAAUCGGUUCACUGUUGCGGUCGAGUUGCCAACGAGUUGCAGUGGGGACAGAACGUCCAGCAGAUGCAUCGCAAAACCGCUACAGCCUCAGGCC